AUGGUUUCGCUUUGUUAUCUGACAGGUGUAUGGACAAGUGAUUCAGACUCGAAAAAACGAUGCUGGCGCUGUGUACAGAGAAAUGAAACCGUGUUGCCGUUUGUAACGAGACUCCAGCGCAACAGCCCAGGGGCGUGCCUCGUGCCGCGCAGGCGCGCUGGCUUGCCCCAAGCUGGUGUUGCGGGAGCGACCUUUUGGACGAUGAACCAGUCCAUGCCCCAUGAAACCGGUUCGGAACUUUUGGAAAAAUUGUGUGGACUCCGUUUGGCUCAGCCUUCUGAGGCAGAAAAACGGAGUUUCGGACUGAAUCUUGCACGCCUCCAGCAGGAGCUGGACUGGCGACGAGACCGUUUGAGUCUUGCGCAGCUACGCGCUCUACUCGACGCAUCCGAAACCUUGUUGCCCGCUGAAGCACUUCCGAGUCUCCUGGACUGGGUGCAGGGGUGUCUGCACAGCACAGUGCCUCGCGCGGAGCGAGACGCGUUGUUCUGGGGCCUGGUAGCUGCCUGGGAGCGCCUCAUAAUCCGUCUGCCGGUGUCGUCGCUGGUGCAGGUGUUGCAACGGAGCCCAACGAGCGCAACUACCUACAACGCCCUGCUAUGUGCACUCUCGAGGCGCUCGCGUCGCUCAGAUGCCGAACAGCUUUGGCGUUCGCUCCUAGCGAAACGUGUUCCACUUGCGCCCCAUGCCAUAAGCUGCGUUCUGGAAAUGUAUCUGCGCGCCAACAUGCCCGAACACAUUCCAAUGCUUUUUGAAAAGUUGGCGGUGCACGGUGUCCACCUCGAUACCAUCGCCCUGAACGCUUUAUUGCACUGUAUGUGCCGGAUGAGCCGAGUACGGGAAUCGCUGGUGCUCUUUCGUAUCAUGCGCGCGCACCGCGUCGCAGACACCCCUAGUUACAAUAUCCUGCUGAGUAUGUGCCGGCGGCUUGGGCUCGUCUCCAGUGCGCUGGCGCUGAAAGCGGAUCUCGAUAGCCAACCGCAUCUGGAACCGGACGCGCUGACGUAUUCGCUUCUGAUGACGCUGUUGACUACUGCUGACCGACCUCUGGAGACACUGGCACUCUACCGUGAGAUGGAGGCGAGGAAACUCCCGCUAACAGGACCUGCCCUGAACGCCUACGUUGGCUUCUUGUUUGGAAGGGGAAAAUUCGAAACGGUUUGGAUCGUGUACGCCAAGGCCGUUCAAGCCUGCGAGGCGCGCUUGCAAAUGCAGCGAACCGAGGAACUCGGGCAUGGUACUGCGACUGCAGCGAACGAUCAAGUCGUUUGGAAGCGCCCAGUGCCGCCCGCGUCCUCAGACGAGACGGAUCCUGUUCCAGAUCGCGAACGUUCUGGACUGGCGAAACUCUCUGAACCCGCCGCGCGUCGACAGGCAGCUCUUGCAGGAUUAGGUGCAUCCGCUGAAACUUUCGCUCAUGUUGUGCUGGCUUGUGUCAAGAGUCUGCAGAAACCGGAGGCUGUCCAAGCGUACAGCGACAUGCGCCUCUGUGGUUAUCGUUUGAACAGCGGAGGCUACAAUGCCCUGGUAGAGUUGUGCUGCCGCAGCGCUGAUAUCGCUCGUGGGCUGGAGCUUUUCGCGGAAAUGCGGCGUAUUGGCCUUGAGCCAAAUGUGACGGCAUAUACUUUGGUCAUCAGGGAUAUGGCGAAUGUCGCCACUGAUGUGCAGCGACAGCUCAACGCUAUCUCGCGUGCGGAUAUCGCAACGCAACGCUCCGCUCUGGAUGCAAAGGUGCUCCAAGAGCGGGUACAACUUCUUGUCAAGCAAGCGCUGCAUUAUUUUGCCGAAAUGCGUUCCCGUUCCUAUGCACCGAGUCGAAUGCUAUACAAGGCACUGGUACGCGCGUGCGCAGUGUCCGGACAGAGCAAGCGCUUAGCAGAUCUCUUGCUGGAAGGGGAUUCUGCAGCGCCAGCGAUCGAGCAGCUUGUUGCAGGUGAACUCGUGGAGUCGCUUCUUGAUGAGGGACACCACGCAACCGCCGUGCAACUUGUCGAACACUUUGCUGCUCUGGGGGUGCGUCUUAGUGUCAUAACCUGUCGCACGCUGAUUCACACGCUGUAUCGUAUUCGAGAUGCCCAGGGCAUUCUGCGUAUCUGCUCGCUGAUGCUGCAGCACGGCGUCGAAAUCAAUCAUAUUACGCUGCGGAUGAUCGAGCGUGCGUUGAUGCACCAUGAAUUACCUCCGAAUAUACCAGCAGAGAUUGGAGAGCGAGCCCAAAUCCUCCUUAGUCGACUGAGGGCCAGUCAAGGCUAUGCUCGUCCGUAA